CUCCAGCGCCCAUCCGGCUGUCAACGUAUCAUGAUAUCCUCCCCAAAAUAUAUUGAAACCGCAUCGAAUUUGGCGCGAAAUUGCACUGAAAGGCAGUUACUAAUGCGUACCCAGGUCUUUAUCGAUUCGACGGUUGGCCAUCACAGCUUCUUGCCACAUACUCACGAUCACCAUUGUUCCUCGCCCCACGUGUCACUACAGCAUCUUCUCUUCCUCCGGUCAUGAAGCGAGGAUUCCUGAACAGCAAGAAAGGCAAGGCAGCUAUUGCCAGCGACGCCUCUUCGGCGGCUUCGGCGCCAGACAAAAAGCCUGACGGGAAGCCGGGUGAAGGACAAGGAGGUGAAGCCUCGACGGCGCGUCCCGUCAAUGCGCGCGAAGACCUGAUCCUGGUGCCAGGCGCUUCUUUAUCCGAAAUGAAAGAGAGCCCUGGCGAUUUCCUCGAAUAUGACGCCAAAACCUUCGUCAUAACGACUAUCCCUGCCCGCGACAAGGAUACCUCCGUCCGCACUCCGACUGAGCGCUCUGACGGAUGGGCAGAGGCCAUCAUCGACGGCGACACCAAGCGUGCCAUAUUUUCCCAGCGCGCAUUUCCCGCGUCGGUCAGCCAUCCCAGCUCCGCCGGCCACUGUGUUGAGCCCACAAACGGUGCCAAAGGGGUCUUUGCCACUCGGCGCCUCAAGCAGGGCGAGCUCAUCCUCGCCGAACGACCGCUCGUCAUGGUUCCGCGUGCGAUGGUGUCCGGCGACGAGAUUUUGGCGACCUCCAUGAUCCCAGGGAGCGCCGAGCGAGCAGCGUGGCUUGACGUCCUUGUGCAGCGCAUGCUUCCAGACCGUCGGGAGGUGCUGCUCAGGCUUACACACGCGCCUGCCGGAGACAAAUUGAGUGCCAUUGAUCUUAUCCGCGCAAAUGGCCUGACUGUGAAUGGAUAUACGCUUCCCGAGACCGAAGGCGCCGAUGGUCGCUACGUCGCAGUCUACGAGACUUUGUCUCGUGCGAAUCAUAGCUGCAGGCCGAACGCACACUUUGCCUUCCACAAACCUUCAUUCUCGGUGCGAUUGCGUGCUCUUCGUGACAUCAAGGCGGGGGAAGAGAUCCUGAUUUCCUACGUCCCGCCCGAAGCACCGUAUGCGCAAAGGCAGGAGGAGCUCGCGCACUACGGCCUCUCGUGCGCGUGUGGCGUAUGCGACGAGGGUCCCUCGGCUGACGAGCGUCGUGCGCGUCUGGCCGCAUCGCUCGUGGAGGACUCGACACGGUCGAAGAAGCAAGAAUUUGACCGCAUUUCCCAGCAGAUCGCCUUGUUCGAGCGCGAAGGGCUCGCCGGCCUCGAUGUGUACAUGAACAACAUUCUCUACGGUCUACGACUAGCCGCAGGAGUCGGCGAGUGGGAAAAGUGCGGAGUAUACAACGAAAAAAUGACGGCGAUUAUGCCUUUGUACGCGGACGAGAUGGGCGAGGAACAAGCGGAGCAGCUAUCGUUUCUAGGGCUGUGAUCUGGGAAUAUUCUAAUGAGAAACCCAACCGUAGAAACCUUAUCUAGAAACCCGGUUUCUGUCGGCGAGCAUCCCGGCGACGCGCCGGCGAGUUCCUUGAUGCCGCGCUCGGCACUACAGCACGAGGCUAACGGCCAGACGAACUCGACAGCGCAGGCCUCCACUGAGUACUUCUAUAGGAUAUCGCGCUUGCACCUGACGCAUGAGGGCACACAUGAGUGUAUCCAGUCGUAGCUUGAUACAGCAUAGGCCUUAUGGGCCCUCUGGAGGGUACUGUCUGAGGGUGAAAGGUCGUCUUCCAAUUGUAGUCACAUGACCAUUGCGUC